AUGACAUGUCAGUAUGUUGUUCCGUCAUCAAAUGUAGAGUUCUCACCGAGCCCCGAGUGGGCUGGCCAGGUGCAAGGCCAGGUGCAAGGCCAGGUGCAAGGCCAGGUGCAAGGCCAGGUGCAAGGCCAGGUGCAAGGCCAGGUGCAAGGCCAGGUGCAAGGCCAGGUGCAAGGCCAGGUGCAAGGCCAGGUGCAAGGCCAGGUGCAAGGCCAGGUGCAAGGCCAGGUGCAAGGCCAGGUGCAAGGCCAGUUGUGGCAAAUGUGGUUCAAUAUUCGGAGAGGCAGUGGCAAUUGCAGAUCUCACGCCCACUUAUUUGGCAAUCGAGGCGUUUCGUUGGAGAAGGGUUAA